GAGACCUAUCAUUGCUAUAUCUGCCAUAUGCCAUUCUCAGUGCAUUCAACACUGGAAAAGCAUAUGCGUAAAUGCGUUGUGGCUGCAAAUAUAAAACAUCUUACGACCAGUCAACAGAGCUCACCAAUCGCUUCGGAUAAUGCCAAUGAAGCGACAUCAAAACCGACAACGUCGAGUUUGGCCGAUGCGAAUACACUUCUGGCCUUAUCCAAUGUUUCGUUGAACAACUCUCAAUUACCUGCAGGCGUCAGUCAAAGCAAUCAAAUUGUUCUCAACUGGUUACAGGUGGGCAACUGGGUCACUUACAAAUGA